AUGGCGGGGGUGACAGUGGGCAUGGUGGUAACGACGAGGAUGGGGAUGAGAGGAGAAGUUGGAGAUGUGCAGACCGAGACGAAGAGAGAGGAACAAGGUUGGUGGGUGUGGCAGGGAGGGCAGGUGAAGAACGGGACGCAAGGGCAGGAGAACAUUACGGUGAAGGGUCAAGCAAAGAUGCAAGAGGGGAAGAUGGCAAGGACUCAGAACAAUGCUUCAGGCUAUCAGGAGAUGAAUUCAUCAGCAGGCAACUUGGCUUUCAAUGGUUCCGCGAAGAAUUUGUCAUCUCAUGCUUACGGCACGCCCAGGAGCGGCACUACAGCGACCAAGCGGCUGCUACAAACGCUGGGGAUUGACGUACAUGACGAUUGGGGAGAUCCUAGCAAGGACGGCAUAGUCAGCUGGAUUCAUAUCUUCAGUGAGCACGACAGGCUCGGGUUAGAGGGAGGAGGAGGAGGAGGAGGAGGAGGAGGAGGAGGAGGAGGAGGAGGAGGAUACUUCGGGCCAGGGAAGCUGAGGGGAGGAAGGUUCAGGGUUGCGUUUCACCUCGUCCGGGAUCCUCUGUCCUCGCUUACGUCGCUGAUCUGCACGGAGCCUCUCUUCCGACCGGACUACUGGAGCUACAUCACGAGGCAUGUGAGGCUAGAGGAAGAGACGAGGAGGAAGGGGGACAAGAUCAAGGCAGGGAUGUCCAUGUACUUGCAGUGGCACGAGUUCUUGGACGCUCUUGGUAUCCCUAGGAUCAGGCUAGAGGACGUGUUCAGGGAGGAGGGAGGAUACGAGGUGGUAGCCAGCAUCUUCGGGAGCCUUGGGAGGAAGGUGCCGGACCAGCCGCAGUUCGUAAGGAGGCUGGCGGAGGCGAAGAGGACCAGAGUGAACGCUCGGGCGCACAGGAAGAAGUUCAGCUGGAGCGAGCUGUUUGCUGUGGACGAGGAUCUGACCAUGCGGAUCUGGGAGAUGGCGAGAAAGUAUGGGUACGGGUAUGGGGAGAGGCCUGGGAGUCAGCCGGUUCGGCAUGUUGUACAGUGUUAA